GGAAAAUGGCGACGCCUCGUCGCUCCUCCCAGCAGCAGCAGCAGCAGCAGCUGAGCGCCCAGCUGUCCUCGCCUCCUCGCAGCGCAUCUAUAUCCGUCAGCCCGCCGGACUCGCCGUCUGCACCCUCCGAAGAUGCUUCCCCGCUUUCCCUUGGAGCAGAAAUGGAAAACGUGGCUGACGGUGAGGUAGCGCCGACCUCUCCCAACACCACUUCUCCGGCUCUGGCCCUCACACCCAGCAGCAGCAACAGCAGCAGCAGCAGCUCAACUAGCUCCCCGACCACCACCGAGGGAAGCGAGCCCAGCCCUGGCUCUACGCCGGACUCUGGCGGUGCUAUCCCCCGCAGCAGCAGCAGCAGUAGCAGCAGCUCUAUUAGCGGCGAUGCAAACGGCGCUUUUCGAGAGCUAUUUGAAGCCUGUCGAAACGGGGAUGUUCCCAGAGUCAAGAAACUCGUAGAUGCGGUGAAUGUGAACGCCAAAGACAUGAGUGGACGCAAAUCUACACCCUUGCAUUUCGCUGCAGGUUUUGGACGAAAAGAUGUGGUGGAUCACCUGCUCCAGACAGGCGCAAACGUGCACGCCCGAGACGAUGGGGGGCUUAUCCCGCUCCACAAUGCUUGCUCUUUUGGUCAUUCAGAGGUGGUGUCCUUGCUUCUGUGUCAAGGCGCUGAACCCAACGCUCGAGACAACUGGAACUACACGCCGCUACACGAAGCAGCUAUCAAGGGAAAGAUUGAUGUCUGCAUAGUGCUACUGCAGCAUGGAGCAGACCCCAACAUCCGCAACACCGACGGCAAGUCCGCCCUGGACCUGGCCGAACCCUCCGCCAAGGCUGUCCUCACAGGUGAAUACAAGAAGGAUGAGCUGCUGGAGGCGGCAAGGAGUGGAAACGAGGAGAAGCUAAUGGCCCUGCUUACACCGCUCAACGUCAACUGCCAUGCGAGCGACGGCCGCAAGUCCACUCCUCUCCACCUGGCAGCAGGAUACAACAGGGUGAGGAUAGUUCAGUUGUUACUGCAACAUGGAGCCGACGUCCACGCCAAGGACAAAGGUGGACUGGUGCCUCUACACAACGCCUGCUCUUAUGGACACUAUGAAGUUACUGAGCUGCUGCUAAAGCAUGGAGCUUGCGUGAACGCCAUGGAUCUGUGGCAGUUUACGCCUCUGCAUGAAGCGGCUUCCAAAAACCGGGUGGAGGUCUGCUCUCUCCUGCUGAGCCACGGCGCUGACCCCACCCUGCUGAACUGCCACAGCAAAAGCUCUGUGGACAUGGCCCCCACUCCUGAGCUGAAGGAGAGACUCACAUAUGAGUUUAAGGGCCACUCUCUGCUUCAAGCGGCUCGAGAAGCAGACAUGACCAAGGCCAAGAAGACCCUCGCUCUGGAGAUCAUCAACUUCAAACACCCUCACACGCAUGAAACGGCGCUGCAUUGUGCAGUGGCAUCUCCACACCCCAAACGGAAACAGGUCACAGAGCUGCUGCUGAGGAAAGGUGCCAACGUUAAUGAGAAGAACAAGGAUUUCAUGACGCCUCUUCAUGUAGCAGCGGAGCGGGCUCAUAAUGACAUUAUGGAGGUGCUCCAGAAACAUGGAGCAAAGGUAAACGCCCUGGACACGCUGGGCCAGACGGCGUUGCACCGCGCGGCGCUUGCAGGCCACCUCCAGACCUGCAGGCUGUUGUUAGGAUACGGGGCGGACGCCACGCUGGUGUCCCUGCAGGGCUUCACCGCCGCUCAGAUGGGAAACGAAGCCGUGCAGCAAAUUCUCAAUGAGAACGUCCCGGUCAGAAACUCUGAUGUGGACUACAGACUUCUGGAAGCUGCCAAAGCUGGAGACCUGGAUACCGUCAAGUCGCUGUGUACAGCUCAGAAUGUGAACUGUAGGGAUCUAGAGGGACGGCACUCCACUCCUCUCCACUUCGCUGCCGGCUACAACAGAGUGUCAGUGGUGGAAUACCUGCUGCACCACGGGGCCGACGUGCACGCUAAGGAUAAAGGGGGCCUGGUUCCUCUUCACAACGCCUGUUCCUACGGUCACUACGAGGUGGCUGAGCUGCUCGUCCGGCAUGGCGCCUCUGUCAAUGUGGCCGACUUGUGGAAGUUCACGCCGCUUCACGAAGCUGCAGCGAAGGGCAAAUACGAGAUCUGCAAGCUGCUGUUAAAGCACGGCGCAGAUCCCACCAAAAAGAACCGAGAUGGGAACACGCCCCUGGACCUGGUGAAGGACGGUGACACGGACAUCCAGGACCUGCUGCGGGGAGACGCCGCGCUGCUGGACGCUGCGAAAAAAGGCUGCCUGGCUCGGGUGCAGAAGCUUUGCAGCCCGGACAACAUCAACUGUCGGGACACGCAGGGACGCAACUCGACGCCGCUGCACCUGGCAGCCGGCUACAACAACCUGGAGGUGGCCGAGUAUCUGCUGGAGCACGGAGCCGACGUGAACGCUCAGGAUAAAGGAGGGCUGAUUCCUUUACACAACGCGGCUUCAUACGGGCACGUGGACAUCGCCGCGCUGCUCAUCAAGUACAACACGUGUGUGAACGCCACCGACAAGUGGGCUUUCACGCCCCUCCACGAAGCGGCGCAGAAAGGCCGCACCCAGCUCUGUGCCCUGCUGCUGGCCCACGGAGCCGAUCCCACCACGAAGAACCAGGAGGGACAGACGCCACUGGACCUGGCCACGGCGGACGACAUUAGAGCGCUGCUGAUUGACGCCAUGCCACCAGACGCCCUGCCGAGCUGUUUGAAACCGCAGGCCACUGUGCUCACCGCAGGAGUGGUGAGUUCAGGUGCUGCGGGCGGCGUGGUCAUCUCGCCGUCUCCGUCUCCAUCCUGCCUGUCGGCAGCGAGCAGCAUCGACAACCUGACCGCGCCGCUCGGUGACAUCGCCGCAGCCGGGGCGACGGGCGUCGCCGACGGAGCUUCGGGGUCUGACAGGAAGGAGGGCGAAACUCUGCUCGACAUGACCAUCAACCAAUUCUUGAAGAGUCUGGGCCUGGAACACCUCCGGGACAUCUUCCAGAGAGAGCAGAUUUCGCUGGAUGUUCUGGCAGACAUGGGCCACGAGGAGCUGAAGGAGAUCGGCAUAAACGCUUACGGCCACAGACAUAAACUCAUUAAGGGCAUCGAGCGGCUGCUGGGCGGCCAGCAGGGUGGAAACCCGUACCUGACGUUCCACUGCUCCAGCCAGGGCACGGUGCUGAUCGACCUGGCGCCGGACGACAAGGAGUUCCAAUCUGUGGAAGAGGAACUGCAGAGCACGAUCAGAGAACACCGCGACGGAGGCAACGCAGGCGGAGUCUUCAGCCGGUACAACAUCAUUAAGAUUCAGAAGGUUGUGAACAAGAAGCUGCGUGAGAGAUACGCACACAGGCAGAAGGAAAUCGCUGAUGAGAAUCACAACCACCAUAAUGAGCGAAUGCUGUUUCAUGGCUCCCCCUUCAUCAACGCGAUCAUCCAUAAGGGUUUUGAUGAGCGACACGCCUACAUCGGCGGCAUGUUUGGGGCGGGGAUCUACUUCGCAGAGAACUCCUCUAAAAGCAACCAGUAUGUCUACGGGAUCGGUGGCGGGACGGGGUGUCCCACUCACAAAGACCGCUCCUGCUACGUGUGUCACAGACAGAUGCUGUUCUGCCGGGUGACUCUGGGUAAAUCGUUUCUUCAGUUCAGCGCCAUGAAGAUGGCGCACGCCCCCCCGGGUCACCACUCAGUCAUAGGGCGACCCAGCGUCAACGGGCUGGCGUACGCCGAGUACGUCAUCUACAGAGGGGAGCAGGCUUACCCAGAGUACUUGAUCACCUAUCAGAUCAUGAAGCCUGACAGUCUGGCUGCGCCUGCUGCCACUGCGGAGCAGAAGUCCUAAAGGACCAUCACAGCUGGAACUGAAGAUGACCACAACAAUUUCCUAAACGGACUGUAAGCAAAGGAGGGGAAAAACAGUUCACACCUGGACAGGAAGUCUCUGUAGGGGGGUGAUGUGAAUCCCUCAAAAGAUGCUGAAAGAGCAAGCUGAGUCGGGCUUAACCUGUAAGUUCAGUCCAAAGUCAGCAGACGGCAGAAAUCCAUUCUUAUUUAGUGUGAUAAUAUGGAGGAGACGCACGUUGCUCAGCCGUUUUGCGGCUUAGUAAAAAUCAAACAGACUGUUUAUUGGUACCUGUAUGCCGCUCAUCCAUUCUGUCCUCACAGCUUAAUGGUUUGUUUUAACAGCCGGUCCUCUUUUGCUGUUUUGAAUCAUUCACAAUGAGAAAUUUAGCAAAGGUCAUGCAGAGAGAAAAGAAAUUCAGAGCGUUUAAUCGAACAUUUCCACCCUGCAGGACCGAACAAGACAGAAGAAGACAGCGUGAAAUGAGUCUAAACAGAAAUAACAAGAGCUGUAGACAAAUGAUACCCCGGGGGCGACAAGCCAAAGGCUAACGGGACACAGUCGGACCACAAUCCAACGCUGCAGACGUUCCACUGCACUCUGUUAAAGGGACCAGCUUCGCUUUGUAGCAAGUCUUGGGAUAAAUCGGCUCUUUUACAGAGCAGCCAGAAAACAUUAAACUCAAAAAUAUGAACACUAAUAAUAAAAACAACACUACAUACAGUACUUUGCAAAAGUAUCCUCAGCCAUUGAGCUGUUGAGCAAUUUCAGGUCAUAACCACAACCCUCAGUGUAUUUCAUUGAGAUUUUAUUUUAUAGACCAACAGGAAGUAGUUUGUUAUUUUAAAGUGGAAGGGAAAUUAUCCAAGUUUUUUUAAAGUACGUUACUUGGUCUGUCUGUUCUCUAAUGUUCCCCAAAAAACAUUCCAGGUCUUUAUGCACAGCUCUCUCAACAUGAAGAGAGUUGCUUGCAUUUGAUUUUAUUUUGAAGCAUCAGGGUAAAGAGGGCUGAACUUAGCCGUUUUAGAGGACAGAAAAUGUAGACUGGACUGUUAUCCUCUAUUACAUGGUUGGAGUAUCACAGAAAUUUCUUUUGAAAUUCAUUGGAAUUUGUAGCUGUACGAUUUGUGAUGUAAGAGAGUUUAACUGGUUUGAAGACUUUUGCAGAGUGCUGCAUGUUUUUAUUGUGUUUCUGCUCAAUUUCUGGGCCAAAUGUGAGAGUAGAUGAGAUUGUUGAGGUGUUGAGUGUUAAAUCUCUCCUCUCUGUUCUUCGAAUCACCUAAAUAGUUCUGACUUUAUCUAUACGAAUGUUUAGAAAUGUAAAAAUACACUUACUGCUGCCUUUCCAGACCUUAACUAAUAUUUACACACCAAGUGUCUUUAAUUUGUUUAUUCAACACAAAUUAAAGACACUUCUGUGAAGCGUUGAUUUAAAAAAAAAUUCACUUUUUAAACUUUCAGUGCAAUCACUUUAACAUUCACAGUUUAUGUCAGUGUAAACCACUUCAACAUCCUAAACACCAGUAAGUGUUUGAACAGCAGUACUGGGAUAGACCAGGUUUAAUCAGUACAGCUAAAAUUUGCUGUAAAAUGCCAGAAACGCCCCAAAACCCAGAGGUGAAAUUUUAACAAGUUUAUUCCUUUCUUGAAUGGAUUUUAACUUUUUCUUUAAAAAAAACUUUAAGUUUGAGAUGAAGAAACUGAAUGUACCAGAUUUAAAGAUGGAAGAUAAAAGGUGCCUCUCCUCAGUUACUCAUUCAAAUUCAUAUGUAAAGCUAGUUUUGUAUCAUUACUACUAUUAUUACUAUUAUUCUGUAUCAUGUAUUGUCUCAGAGAUGUUUUGAAAGGUGUGUUUGUUUACAUGAACUUGCUGCCUUCUCGUCCCUUUCCUCUCUGGCUGUUAUCUGUUGCUGCCACCCAGUGGCCGAACAGUGCAACCGCCCGCUUGUGCUAACGAGUGAAAGGGUACGCUUUUAUUUUCAGUAGUUAAAAUUCAGGAGGGCAUUACUGUAAAGCUGUCAGGUGGUGGGUUAGUUGUAAAUAGUGACGUUUUUCUCACUGUAUUUCUCUGAGCCAUUCAGAUCACAGACUGAACGGAUCGCUGGUGUUUAUUUAUGCCACAAGUUCUCAAUAACAUGAAGCAGAGGCUGACGCAGAGCCUCUGCGUUUUAUAUGUACACAAUAUGUACUGUCUAUUUUAUUUCCUGACCAUAUCCUCCUGUUGAUCGCUGUUUUCUAAUAAUGACACAAUUAAGAAAAGAGACUGCUGGUUUCACACAUUUUUUUUAAAAAUUACUGAAAAGUUUCUUUGCUCCGAUGGGAUUUCAUUCAUGUUUAUACUAAUUGUGUGUAUGUUUUAGUUUUUUUUUUUUUUUCUUUGUUAGAAAGUAAAGUUCUCACUUCAUUAUUUGGCAUUCCAACGCUUUGGGGAAAAUCAGACAGUUUUCCUUUGACAUUAAUCCAGUGAGCAAUGAGACGCUUUGACAAAAUAAAAAUUCAAUUCAUUACGGAAAAUACCAGAACGUUAAUCAACCUGUGGACAGAAUAAAUUGCCGCAAGAGAAAAUGGGGGAAAAACUGAAAAGCAUGAAAUUAGGUUGGCAUGAAAAUGUCCAUCUGAUGAACACUGCACACAUUAAGAGAAGAAGAAGAAGAAGAAGAAGAAGAAGAAGAAGAAGAAGAUGAAGAAGAAGAUUUUUUUUUUUUUUUGAUUUUACCAAUACAUUUAUUAAACAAAUAUAUAUACACAAUUCACAAUGUUUCUCUUUACAUCAAUAAAAUCAUUAUAAUAGUAUUUUUUUAUAAAUUAGUUCGUUUCUCUCUGAGAUGAUGCAUAGUGCGUUAUCGCAUCCCCACAAAUCCAAAAACUUUUCCAAAUUCCCGGUGGCCCUGUGGAAAGCAAACUCCAAUCUCAAUCUCGCCUUUAUGUUCACUUUCCACAGGGUCACAGCAUCCAACUGAGGUCCAUCCUGCAUCCUAUCUCUUCGAGUGAUAUAAAUAGCUAGUUUAGCUUCAGCCAAUAAAUAGUUUAAAAGCCGAGAUCUAAAACUAGUUGCUUUACUAUGAG